CUCCCUAUCUAAUCCCAUUGCUUCUCUGUUGCUGACCCUUUUCUACCAUUUCUCUCCCUCUUCGAGCUCACCUGACUGCCAAAUCCCAAAUGGGUACUUGUUUUAGCAAGAAGAGAGCUUCUUCCUCUAAUCACUCUCAGCCCCAGCCUGCCUCGCAUCUUCCUGUUCCUGUUUCUUCAGCACCGUUAGCGGCGGACACCGCCCUGAACAAUAAUUCUUCUCAUCAUUCCCUCAAUGCGGGAAGCGAUCUCAAGAUUUACCAGGUUGCUGAAGGAGAACAAGUUGGAAAAGCCAGCCAAGAAGAAGACAGCUUAGUGAAGAAGGAGGUAUUUGUCAUAAAACACAGAAAGAGCCAUGACAGAGACAGGCGCUCCCCGCCUCCGCAAAAGGCAGCACCACAUUCUACCGAAAACGAGUCUGCUUCCUCCGUUUCGGACGAAGGCGGUAUCUGCAACAUCAAUACUGCGGUGAGGACGUCCAGCUGCACUAAGGAGGAAGUAGAUGCCAUUUUGAUACAGUGCGGGAGGCUUAGCAGAAGCAACUCUUCUGGAAAGACGGCUUCUUCUUCCAGAAAGUACUCUGGUUCCAAGCGGAGUUACGAUUUUGAUAACGAAAACGACAAUGAUCAUAUUGGAGUUGCCUCCGCUGACUAUGGUUCCAGGAAGAAAGGAAAUGAUGGUUUCUGUGAUGAUGACCGCCCACGCCACCGGCAAUCAAGUAGGUCUUCUUCUUCUCAGGGAAGGAGGAGAACUCCCAGCAGGGAAAGAGAGCAGCACCAGCAACGCUCCGGAAGCAGAGAAAGAGGGACGAGCAGCGGAGGAAGACGAGUGAGCCGAUCGCCGGGAAGAAGAUCAGAAAACACUCAAGGUAGCCUUGGUAGCAAUGCUGCCAAUGCCACUAAUAGACCUGGAAAGAUGGUCUCUGUUCCUGCUACUGUUUCGUCAUUGGUGAUGGAUAAGAGCACCAUUGGUGCUGCUGGUGUAGAAGCUGCGACAACUACUGCAAAUGCCAUCAAGCGCAUCUCUGUGAAGAGGAAUGUCGGUGAGGCGGCUGUAGGCUCUAGGGGAGCUGCUUCACCACGCUCUCAGUCCCCUGCAAGGCCAAAUCCAAAUGCUAAUAAUGCUAAAGGCUGCAAUGAGAAUCAGCUACAGCCAACACUUAGCCGCAGCUCCUCAAGGAAAGCAGAGCAUUCGCCUUAUAGAAGAAACCCAUUGAGUGAGAUUGAUCCCAACUCGCUUGCAUAUCCACAAUCAGCUGCCAACAAGACUUCCACCUGCAUCAACAAGGGACAAGGAGGGCUCAAGGAAUACACCAAUGUAAUUAAUCAGAAAUUGAAUGCUGAGAUGAGCCACAAAGUCAUUGUUCAAGGAGCUAAUAAAGCAGGCAGCAUUGGUACAGCGGAUAACAAGGUCGCAAAUGUGAAUAGCACAGCAAAGGAGCAAAGGAUGGUUGAAGAGGUAAAGACCGAGCCACCAAUGGCCGGAGCUGAAAAUCCGAAACCUCAAACAUUAACAAGAAGCAGAUCCUCUAGGCGAUCACGAGAUCUGGACCUGAAUCCAGAAACUUUGUUGAAUCCCAUCCCAUCAUCAUAUACCACACUAUUGCUUGAGGACAUCCAAAAUUUUCAUCAAACCAACAAUCCCCCUUCAUUCUCACUCCCAUCAUGCGUCAGUAAGGCCUGUUCCAUCCUUGAAGCAGUUGCGGACCUCAACUCCACUACAAGCUCCAACCUCUCUUGUGCAUUCUCUGAGGAUAGAAAAGGUCUCUCAACCGAUGAGUCAAGCAAGAAUGGCUACAAUGCCACUGUUGGGAGGAAAAUGGCAGAAACCAGAGACCCUUUUGUUGAAUCCGAGGUAGUUGGCGGAGAUGAUCUGAUGGAGCCAAGUUUUCACAAGUAUGUGACAGUGAGGAGAGGUGGUACAUUGGGCGGUACAGACAUGGAGGAGCAAGAAUCAUCUGGUAGCAACAGCUUCGUGGGCAGCGGGCAGCAGCAGCAUUGGGGCUUUUCAUCCUCCUCGUGGGAACCCAAUUCAGCGGAUUCAACUGAUCGCUGGACUUCAAGAACUAAAAGCAGAGAAGAGGAUCACAGUAGUUCCCUGGAACUCCAGAGACAAGCCGUGGCUGAACCAGAAUCAGGCAGUGACAUAAAAAAUAGUACUAGAAAGGGAUUGAGUGGAAGAAGAAAAGACGCUGAUCUCCAACACGUAGGUAUUGGACGAGCUGGCAAGAUAGGUGCUGGUAAAGGUCUUCACCCUGUAGCUGCAUCAACAUAGCAAGGAUGAUUACGGUUACCCAUUCGAGUUGUAGUUUUCAAUUGCCAACUUUAUUGUAUUGGUUGCAUACUUACAACCACUUUUUCUUUGCUCUUAUUUGAAUCCAACAUCUUUUAAGUUUUAAUCAAACAAGACAGAGAGUCCA